GUUUGGACUACUUGCUUUCCGUGACUGAUCCGUCAGUAACCGGAGACGCAACUUGUGAGAUAACGGUGUUGUGCGCCGCGCGAGCCGUCCUCAGGCGUCCUGCUCUCUACCUUAUUUUAUUUUUUUAACGCUGGAACGUUUUUUUAUUAUCCGUGAGUAAAAGCUUAUAUUUCCGUCAUGGAGUCCGCUAAUGUAGCUUAGCUAAACACACAGCUACGAAUCCGCUAGCACGAGACAAGCGCCCUGUUUCACCUGACGCGGCGACGCUGUUAGCUACGAAGCUAACAUGGGAUUAACGCGGCUGUUGACAUCGCUGCACGACCCGCAGCACGUCGCCCGGUUCCAGGAGCUGUGCGGUGUCCGGGGCUCCUUCACCGGGGGCCAGGUGGAUGCAGAACAGCGAGACAGACCGUCCCGAGGAGGGAAAGGGAAACACCAGGACGUCAACGGCGCGGUAAACGGGACGGCGAACGGGGACACCGGAGAAAGCGCUCGCGCGCGUCCGUCUAGCGGUUCCGGGACGGACGGAAUGGCUCGAGGGCCGCUGCGUAAGAACUCGCUGACGGGAGAGGUGGGUCACCAGUUCGUGAUCUCCAACCGGUUCCUGUACUACGCGUUCACGCUGGGCACCGAACUGGGCAACGAGCUGUUCUACAUCAGCUUUUUCCCGUUUCUCACCUGGAACGUAGACCCGUACGUCGCGCGCCGCCUGAUUGCGAUCUGGGUCUGGGUCAUGUACCUGGGGCAGUGCACCAAGGACCUGGUGCGGUGGAAGCGGCCCGCCUCCCCUCCUGUGGUCAAGCUGGAGGUGUUUUACGACUCCGAGUACAGCAUGCCGUCCACACACGCCAUGUCCGGUACCGCCGUGCCGCUGGGACUCUUCCUGCUCACCUGCGGCCGCUGGGAGUAUCCCUUACUCACCGGACUGGUGCUGGUGUUGAGCUGGAGCGUGCUGGUGUGUGUGAGUCGCGUCUACAUGGGCAUGCACUCUGUCCUGCAGUUCCGUCUAAACGUUCAUGACUCAGGCUCAAAGGUAUCUGGUAUCUGGUUACUCAAGGAUGUGAUUGCAGGGUUCUUUUUCAGCCUGCUCAUCCUGGCCAUAUUCUAUCCAGCGCUGGACGCCAUCGACACCUUCAACCUGUCUUCCAGAUACGCUCCGGUUCUCGUCGUGUCGUUCCACGCCAUCCUGGGACUUUUCUCUUUCACGCUGGACACGUGGAGCACAUCCCGAGGUGACACCGCUCAAAUCCUGGGUACGGGCGCGGGCAUCGCCGUGGCGUCUCAUCUCAACCACCAGCUGGCUCUGAUCCACGAUCCUCCUGCCUCCAUGCUGCCUCUGCAGGCUCCACCGCUCAGCCUGGGACUCUUCGGGUGGAGCUUCGUGCGAUUUGUCCUGGGCGUGACGAUGCUAUUCGCCACAAGGGCGGUGAUGAAGGCUCUCACCAUCCCCCUGGUGUGCCGCGCCGUCGGGAUCUCCAGCCAGGACGUCCGCAUAGCCAGACAGAACAUGCAGGUGGAGCUCCCGUACCGCUACAUCGUUUACUGGACCGUCGGCUUCAGCGCCUUCUUCGUCGUACCCUUCAUUUUCAGCUGCGUCGGCUUGUACUGAACAGUCCACGAGCGGACAAACCGAGCUGGAGUUUUAGCGCUGCAGCUCAUCCAAGACCAAAAAAAAGAAAAGAAAAAGAAAUCAGCAGAUAAAUUCCAAAAAAUUAAUUUACCGCGCUGCCCAAAGUGUCAGCAUUUUACAGCAGCAGCACAGCGCACGUUUAGAGCGUGUUCGUAUCCAGCUUUUAUUUUCAGGGUUUAUAUCGUCGUCGCUUCCGUCGCCGGCUAAUAAAUAAACAACCCGAUGGGUUAGUGGAACUUCUUUGGAUUGUAGAAUUGCAGAAAAAUAGGCACAUAUUUUUUUUUAUUUUUUUUACGACUGUGUUCGAACCCUGUGACUGCAACUUCUCAGACUCUUAACUUUCUCAGCAACAACUUGGACACUUGAAUCGUUUUUCCAGAACAUUCCAUUUGGGAUCGAGGCAUUUUUUAUUGUUUAUUCAUUUUUUUUUUUUUUUUUUUUUUUGGUUCGACUGAAAUAUUUCUACAAGUGACUGAACUUCGUGAGGAGAGAAGAGAACCGGGACGACUUUAGGAUCUGGACGGUGUGGUUCUCCGUCCGUUCCGAAUGUAGUCGAGUUAUAAGAGAAUUAUCCGCUCUCUCGGCUUGAUCUCUGCGCGCACACACACACACACGCACGCCGCACGUGCUCGGCCGUCUAAAAGCGAAAUAAAAUCGGGGGAAAGAACGUUUCCCUGAUUUAGUUCUGCUUUCUAAUUCCUCCUAAAAGCAGGAACACGUUUGCUUUGCGAGCGUACGGCGAGAUCUACAGCGCUGCGGUUUCAGUGCCGUGGCCGUUACAAACGUGAACAACGAGCAGCACGUUUCCUCCCACGCGCUCGUGACGCUGCCGCAUUUAGACAAUCAGUCCUAACCCCGCCGCCGCCGCCGUUUCCCCACAACCCGCCUUUCUCACUGUGUUCGUCAGUUUAAAUGUUUUUUGUCUUUAAAUGAUUGUGGUCUAAAAGAGGAGACACUCGAUUAAAAAAAAAUCUACAUCUACUGUGUGAGCUCAGAGACGUCUGUGUGUCUCAGAACUUAGCGUUUGUGGUACCGUUUAAAAGAAAUGCACUGUUUCCCAGAAUGCACUGCUUUUACUUGUGCUUGUGUCCGUGGACAUUACGCCGUUGUCAAGUGUGUGUGUGUGUGUGUGUGUGUGUGUGUGUGUGUGUGUGUGUGUGUGUGUGUGUGUGUGUGUGUGUGUGUGCGCGCGCGCGCGCGCGCCUUUUCUCCAUCCUGCUUUCACAUUAGUAAGAGAUACGAUGUAUCUAGCACGCUGGUGUCGUUUGUGGGCGUGGCCUGUUAAAGCCGAAAUGGCUCCGAAAUGUUUUGCAACGUAUAAUUAUGAGCGUGGCAGACACUUAUUCCCAGGGAUUUCAGAACAGCGUAACAGAUAUUGCGUCAUCGGGUAGGCGUGGCCUAUUGGAUCAUCUGUAUGACUGUUUUGUCCUUCGUAGUAUGCUGUGUUU